GCUAAUAUUGGAGGUUUGCAUUCUUUCAUGAGAACACCUUCACCAAUGCAGCUUCUAACUUUUGAAUAGAUGUCCAUUGUGUAACCAAAAUUAGGAUACUGUACAUUAUAUUUUGAAUGCUCCAUCUUUUUUUUUCUUUCUGGUAUAGGAGUGGGUCUCUCAAGUGUUCCCAUGUUUCAUUAUGGUGUGGUGCUUGUACUCUGUCUGACCAUGUAAUGGUGCAGAUUAUGUUGCUUUUUCCAUUUUUCAUGGAACUUUCAAAGAGGAGAAAAUGAUGAUAUCGAGGGGGGCAUGAGAAGACCUUGGACACUGUGAUGUCAGUUGGAAUUGAUGUGCAAUACAUUUUAGGUACCCAUUGGUACACUGGGGAGGGUUCAUGCAUGGGAUUUGACCUAUUUCAUAGUUGAUUAGGACCAAGGAAUCAUCUGAAUACGUUAUGCUCAAUUUUGACGUGUUCUUUAAGAGUACAUUUGAUGUGCUUAGCUUUUGUGCGGUUGUUGGUGAUGAUGGGGGUGAUCCUUUUACAGCGAGCUUCCUUUGUCUUGCUUCUCAGGAUGAUGGUGGAGCAUUCUCUACCUAUUUCUAAAUCGGCUGGCUUAAAAGGCAGACACUGUAUUCUUCUCUAUUUUCUCUCAUGCUAGUCAUGAGGGACAAUCUAAAUGUUAUUGCUUGCUACAGAGAAGUGGUUGGACCAGAAAUUUGGAUUUGUUUCUUCGAUGGUUAUCAUCUAUAUCAUUUUCUGGUGGUGGUUUUGGUGAAGCAGCUAUUGGGGAAGGGCUUUCUGAAGCUCUAUGGAUUUGCUCCAAUAUGACACAAAGUUUAGAGGGACAUAAACAUUGUAUUCUGGUUGCUGCUAGCAACCCCCAUGCCUUGCCAACUCCUGUCCCUCAACUACCUAAAAGUUUGGAUCAAAAUGGAAGUUCCGAUGGCCAAAAGGAAAUUUAUCUUGCUGAUGCUGAGACAGUGGCAAAAGCAUUUUCUCAGUAUUCUGUAUCCUUGUCAGUGAUCUCUCCAAAGAAUCUCCCAAAGCUAAGGGCUAUAUAUAAUGCGGCGAAGCGUAAUUCUCGAGUGCCGGAUCCUGCUAUAGAUAAUACCAAAUAUCCUCAUUACCUUAUUCUCCUUUCUGAUCUUUUUGUGGAGGCACGUGCUGCUCUUCGCCCAGGGAUUACAAACUUGCCAGCAAGCCAGAAUCAGAUGAAGUUUGAUUCCUCUUCGGUUCCUUCCACAGUUUCAGGGCCUCCUCCGGCUACAAUGCCCUCAGCAAACGUAUCAAUGAUGAAUCGGCAACCAAUGCCGGGAAGUGCUGUUCCUAUUGCAACUGUGAAAGUUGAGGCUACAACAGUGACUCCUAUGUCAUCAAUGUCUGGCAGUUCCCAUCUCUCAUCGUCAAUCUUGCAUGGGACUUCUCCCAAUGUUCCAAGUAUACAAACCUCUUCACCACCUACAACUUCUCAAGAGAUGAUUGGAAAUGUCGAUGCUCAAGAGUUUAAACCCGUGCUGACUAGUGGUACUACACAAUCGCUGAGGCCUGUGAGUUCAGCUACUGCUAAUGUUAGCAUUCUUAACAAUCUCUCUCAAGCGCGUCAGGUGAUGGGCAAUGCAUCGUUAACUGGAGCAAGCAACAUAGGCCUCCAGGCAAUGGGUGGAGCACCCAUGCCCAUGCACAUGUCUAACAUGAUUUCUACUGGCAUGGCAUCAACUGGGGUUCCUCCUGCUCAAACUGUUUUCUCAUCCGCUCAAUCGAGCAUUACAUCAGUGGUUGGGUCUCAAUCAUUAGUUGGAACGACACAGGUUGGGCAAAACACUGCAGUCGGAAACCCAAACUUAACUGGGAACUCUAAUUAUACAUCUGCAGCUUCUAAUUUGACUGGAAACCCUAAUUUAUCUGGGAACCCUAGCCAUAGUGUCUCUCCUCCAGUGGGUAAUCUUCAAGGGGUUGUUGGUAUGGGGCAGUCGAUUCCUCCUGGUAUGGGCCAAGGGAAUUUAAGUUCAGGAACACAAAUGGGUCAACAAACUGGUGGGCUGGGUAUCAACCACAAUAUGCUAAAUAGUUUGGGACAAGCAGGUAUGCCUUCAGGCAUGGGCACAAUGAUUCCUACACCCGGUAUGACUCAGCAAGUCCAGGCAGGAGGAUUGCAGCCCAUUGGCAUGAACAGUGGUUCUGCUAAUAAUAUGCAGAUUCCACAGCUUGCAUCUGCUUCUCAGCAACCAGGACAAAUGAGAUAUAUAAAAAUGUGGGAGGGAUCCUUAUCAGGGCAGAGGCAAGGGCAAGCUGUGUUUAUUUGUAAACUAGAGGGAUACCGACAUAUGAACUCAUCGGAGACACUUGCAGCAGACUGGCCACCAGCAAUGCAAAUAAUGCGCCUUAUAUCUCAGGAUCACAUGAAUAACAAGCAAUACGUUGGAAAGGCAGAUUUCCUAGUUUUCCGAGCUUUGAAUAGACAUGGCUUUCUUGAUCAGUUACAAGAAAAAAAACUCUGUGCAGUCAUUCAACUGCAGUCGCAGACCCUUCUUCUAUCGGUCUCUGAUAAAGCUAGCCGCUUGAUAGGCAUGCUUUUCCCUGGGGAUAUGGUUGUCUUCAAACCAAACAUGCCUAGUCAACAGCAGCAACAGCAGCAGCAGCCGCAACAAGGCCAAGUCAGGCCACAGAUGUUAACGCAAGGGCAACUAUCAUCACAAGGCCCAUCAACUAUGACAGGAGGUGGAUUUUUGCCUUGAAAUCAACCAUGUAUGAACUUCUAUGCAUGGGCUGUCUAUGUGCAUGUGCAGGAACUUUCUUAUUUGCAUAAAGAACGCCUAUGUGUGGGCCCUCUUAUAUACAUUUUGAACACCUAUGCAUAUGCUUUGUUAUUGUGUUUGGAACUGAUUGAGCAGAUGAACCAUUCUCACAUGUCCAUAAUAAAGGAAAAAUGGAAAAAUCUAUGAUUUAUAACU